AUGACCGUGAAAAAUUGCGAGAAAUGGAUUCAAUCGGAUGCAGUUUGUUUCGAUGUUGAUUCUACAGUAUGCCAAGUGCGUAAGGCUUCAUUAAAAUUGUAAAUUUUCUUAUUUUAAAAACUGUUUAGUAUACGUUUUUUACUUGAAAGUUUAAUUUUCAGGAUGAAGCUAUAGACGAACUUGCCGAAUUCGUUGGAAAAGGCGAUAUUAUCCGUCGGUUCACAGCGAACGCGAUGGACGGUAACCUCAACUUCAGAGAAUCAUUACAGAAACGGUGAGUAAAAAUAAACUAAUCUGAAUACAAGGCCUCAGAAUGGAAAUUAUUUCAGUAACGAAGCAAAAACUCGACGAAUUUCUACUCAAACACCCGAUCAAAUUGACUUUAGGGAUCUCAGAACUGGUCGCAAGGCUACAGAAGCGGGGUGUAGCCGUGUACUUGGUCAGUGGAGGUUUCAAGGAAAUCAUCUAUCCCGUAGCACGUUUGUUGAAUAUUUCAGAAGAUAAUGUGUUUGCUAAUCGAAUAAUAUUUGAUGCUAACGGGAAGUACGUUGGCUUCGAUCCAAAUGAACCUACGAGUGAUUCUGGCGACAAAAGUAAAGGGAAACCACUUGUGUGUCAAUUGCUAAAGCAAAAGUAAAUCUUUCUUUAUCUAAAAAACAUCAAAAUUUAUAUUUUAUCAGAAAAUGAAUAUAAUUCUGUUCUUUUACAUUAAAACGACAUAUUUAUACAAUUUCAGAUACGGUUACAAAUGCCUGACGAUGGUUGGUGAUGGAGCCACAGAUCUCGAAGCCUAUCCGCCAGCUGAUCUAUUUAUUGGUUUCGGAGGCAAUCAAGUAAGAGAACGAGUGAGAAAGGCAUCACCAUGGUAUGUGACUAGCUUUACAGAGUUAAUAGACGCCCUACGAUAA